UGUCUGCUCGUUUUAUGAUUAAAGUUUAUUUUUUAGGGCCUUUUAAUGAAACAGUUGGAAUGGAAUUCUGAGAGAUGCCUGAUCUCUCCCGCCGCAUCCGAAAUUUAUUAACAAAGAUCAAACAAGCUACCGCGUUUUUUGUUUCGAGUUUCCGUUUCUUUCGUUUCAGUUUUGUAGAAAGUGAGAUCUCGCAGAGAACACGAGGAAUUGUCUAUUGAAAAAUGAGACUUGAACGUUUUUCUUGGAUUGCAGAUGUAAAUAAUGGCCUUCCAAUUGGACGAUCUCCUCAGAGAUGAUAAGAAGGAUGCGAAUUUAUUACCCGAUCUAAGCAAAGCGACCUGUAACUCUCAGGAGGAGUUUCGGCAACUUCUAGAGAAUUGCCCCGAGUUUAAAAUUAAAACCGAAAAAGUGAAGAAAGAAGAUGCGAAGGUACGCGACAAAGAAUUUUCAUGGAAGCCGACUAGAAAAGAAUUGAAAGCGUUUGGGAAGGAAUGGAAUUACGGAAAUCCGGUGCCGCCAGACAUGAGAGGUUUAAAUCUUAGUGAACUGCAACAGGUCGCUAUCGACUGGAGAAUGUUAACGCCUAUCAGACCAAAGCAUAGACAAGACGAGGAGCUGUUUUCCAGACUGGUGGAAAUGGGAAAGCUGGAAGCGCGAACAAUUGCUAAAGAGCGACGGUCAACCAUAAGCCCCAUUAGACGUAGUAAAAACCGAAUUGGGAUAAUCGAAAGUAGCGUGAAAACUUGCACGGAGUGUGGCGAGGAAUACUGCUUCGGUGAAUUUUGCGGGGACGUUAUGUACGAUUUGUACGUGAGGGUCAACGUUGCUACUCAACAGCCGAAGAUAAAAGUGUCCGCCAACACGGAAGCGAUAAUAGCUAAUAUGGAUCGUAAGAAGAAACGCAAGACGAAGAAAAAGAUUAAGAGUAAGAAAAAAUCUCCUAGAAGGAACGUCAGAUUGCUGGUUCGAAGCAAAGGGAUGAAGUCUAUGGCUAAUGAAUCGGCGAAAAAGAACAUUAAAAGCAAACCAGAGACCAACGAGGGCGACUCGAAGCCUGUAAAACCGUUUAAAAGAAAGUGCAGCAAAUAUAGUAAACAAUUUCGUAAAUAACAAUUAAAACUAGGAGAAAUUCGUACGUAUUAUAAAUUAAAGAAUAUAUUUAUUAAAUAUAUAGUUUAUCAUCGGAUUAAAUAUAUGUUCAUUUUUAAUGUAAACGGAUAUAAAUGCACAUGCGAAUGCUAAUAAUAUUGUUGUAAAUAAUUGAUGUGGGAAUUAACGAUGAGAAUGUAAAAUGCGAUUCCGUAGGAUUUAUUAUUUGUCCAUAUUCUGUGGUCCCUUGAAGCGACAUACUUCGAAUUGUUAACACGACGUAAGCCAGCAUCCCUCAUACAAUAUCUAAGAAAUGUAGCGACGAAUAAAUAUAUAUGUACAAAGCGUUA